AGCCAACAGGGCAAUACACAACCAAGUCAUAUUCUGUCGACGGGGUGCCAAUAAAUGAUCGAAAAAUAGAGCCGAGGGCUGUCUAUUACAAGUACUGACAAGAAAACACGGUUGCGGCUCGCAAGCCGUGACAUCUGCGUGUGGUAGACCAAGCGGUGAGCCGCUACCAUGAGCGUGCCAUCACAUUCUCAGACCUCUGGUCAUUCCAAAAACUCAUCUAUUGAUGAAGCCUUUUCAGCCUCCGAGGAUUACAGAGUCUCCAAAUCCUUCUCAAACGACACAAAUCUCCCGUUUAGAAGCAGUAUAAUGCAACAGGAUACGAUGGACAUCAGCGAGAUGUCUAAUGGAGGGGUAGCUGGCACAAACGGGCUGGGCAAUCUCGCAGAUGAAUUAGCUGACGCAUUCUCUGAUACCGGAGACGAGCUAGACGACGAGCACCACCAGUCAAACGACGCCCAAGAACACCAACUAGACGAAAAUACACAGAGGGAAGAAAAUGAUAGACAUGCCGGUCCCAAUCAGGACUUUGCUGAUGGGAUUAGCGCCAAUACCCUCAGUCUGCCUCAGCAACAACGAGGACAUCAGCGAAAAGGUAGCGAAUACGACGGCAGCGAAUAUGGAUCGGAGUCUGACCUUGAUGCUGCCGGGCUCACUACAAGUGUUCUUACCAAAAUCGAUGCCAUAGAGUCUUUAGCACGUCGUGGGGUAGAGAAUUAUGGUGGCCCGCAAGAUGAUGUGUUUAAGAGAGUCACGGACGGCUUGAGAGAUUUAGCAUCACAAUCCAGCGUGGAAGGCAGCGCGUCGAGACUUAUCACUGCACACUCUGCAUUAGCAACACAUCUUGCUCACCAGACUCGACAAUUACAUAACCUGACCUUUCCCCUGUUAUCGCCGCUAGCAUCACCACCUAACCCGGAUACAGUUGACGACUUGAUUCCUCUAUUGGUUACGCUGGCUGAAGACCUACCUAAACCGUCGACGGUGGCAUACAAUUCACUCUCCGCGCUGCAUACUAUGACAGCUGAAUUAAUACAAACGCUGAGCUAUUUGUCUGAUACUCUUCAUAUGUCAAGACAGACCACAGUAGCGGCAACAAGAAGGUUGAAGAGCGCAAAAGAGCUUGUAGCAGAAAUGCGUCGAGAAGAUGAGCUUCGUGAAGAGGGUGAGCGGUGGCUCAGUAGGGGAAAUUGGGGGGAGAGACUACAAAAACGAGAAUGUGCGGGGGUUUGCGGGGAGGUAAUUGGUGGGUUUGAGGCCGUUUGUAAUGGUUGGCGCGAGAGAUUGCUUGCACAAGAGGAGUCAACUGCUUAGACUUAGACAUGGAUUAAUUAGAGAGCUGGUGGUUUAAUGAAGCACACAAAUUACGAACACUUUCUCGCUAACGUACCAAGGCACCGCCAUGUGACUAGACCUGUAAGGCGUGAAGGCAAGGGUUAAUUCCACUACACGGAAGCUGUGAUGUCUUUG